GUUUAGUUUGUAUAAGCUGUCCCGCUGUGUGAGUCCUUGCGUUCGCCUUUACUAUUGUCGUGCGUUGGAUGGACACACCGACCUCAGAUCAACUUCAGCCUGUAUUUUCGGCGCAGGACGCGCUCAAACACCCCAACUUUGAAACUUUUUGGAUGUUUUCUGCCUCGGUUUCUUAACUAUCCACACUGAUUUUUUUUUUUUUUUUGAUGGCGCGGUCUAACCAAGAUGGACACGUUUUGUCUGCCGGUUGGAGACUAGAUAACCGCUUCAUCCGCUAACUGUGAAUGUAGACUUCAUUUAUUUACCCGCGGGAAACGUAUUACUCAUCAGGUGGAUGUAACCGGACUGGGUCAUUUCCACCCCAGAGGUCACGUCCUAUAAUGAACGUUUUCCCACUGAAGUUUCGGUGAACUUUUCCCACGACUCGCCAUGUCGGGAGUGGUCCGCACCCUGAGCCGCUGCCUGCUCCCGGCCGACGCCAGCCGGGACCCGGGCGGCAGCAAGGAGAGGAGCCGGGAGAGGGACGCGGCGCAGGAGCGGGAGGCGCGGCGCAGGAGCCGGGAGAUAGACGCGAUGCUCGCCCGGGAGAGGAGAGCCGUGCGCCGGCUGGUGAAGAUCCUCCUGCUCGGGGCCGGAGAGAGCGGAAAGUCCACAUUCCUCAAACAGAUGCGCAUCAUCAACGGGCAAGAGUUUGAUCAGAAAGCAAUGCUGGAUUUCCGGGACACUAUCUAUGAGAAUAUACUGAAGGGCGUGCGCGUGCUGGUGGACGCCCGGGACAAGCUCGGCAUCAGCUGGCAGAGCUGUGAGAACGAGAAGCAAGGCAUGCUGGUGAUGUCGUGGGAGGGACGCGUCGGCGCCUCGGGGGUCGAGCCCAGCGAGUUUCAGCUGUACGUGAUGGCACUGAGCGCGCUGUGGGCAGACGCCGGCAUACAAGAGGCCUACACGCGGCGUUCUGAGUUCCAGCUGAGUGAAUCAGUGAAAUAUUUCCUGGACAACUUGGAUCGUAUUGGACAACUGAACUACAUCCCAAGCAAGCAGGACAUUUUGUUCGCGAGGAAGGCGACUAAAGGAAUCGUCGAGCACGACUUUGUCAUCAAGAAGAUCCCUUUCAAGAUGGUGGAUGUCGGAGGGCAGAGGUCCCAGAGGCAGAAGUGGUUUCAGUGUUUUGACGGGAUCACAUCGAUACUCUUCAUGGUGUCAUCGUCUGAGUACGACCAGGUCCUGAUGGAGGAUCGAAGGACUAACCGUUUGGUGGAGAGUAUGAACAUCUUCGAGACGAUCGUCAACAACAAGCUCUUCCUCAACGUGUCCAUCAUCCUCUUCCUCAACAAAACAGACCUGCUGGUGGAGAAAAUACGCACAGUGGACAUCCGCAAGAACUUUCCCGAGUUCAGAGGAGACUCUCGCAGGCUAGAGGACGUACAGGCGUUCCUGGUGCAGUCGUUCAGUCGUAAAAGGAGAAACCGAGGGAAGCCACUGUUCCACCACUUCACCACAGCGGUCGACACGGAAAAUAUCCGCUUUGUCUUCCACGCCGUCAAGGACACCAUCCUGCAGGAAAACCUCAAAGAUAUCAUGCUGCAGUGACCACGCUGCAGACGACGGCAUUCUCUGACUGUAAACUGUGAAACCAGCCGUGAAUCCAAGCCUGGAGGACCGCUGAGAAGGCCUGCUUCAUUGUGACGCUUAUUAACACUGACCUGUGGAGCAGUCAGUUGACCCACAGUGUGGAUCCAACUGAACUCUGAACCUGUGGAACCAUGAAGUGACUCUGGACCCGUUUGCCCACGUCGGCCUCUGUGGAAACUGUGAGGGUCAUAGUGGACAAGACCCUGCAUGUAACCUGUAAAAAUGUGUGUAUGCUGGAAAGACAGUCACCUUCUCCUACUCGUAGCACUCAAGUGUUCUUUCCUUAAUAUACAUGUUAAGAAAUGUAUUAAAAAAAAAAAAAAAAAAAAAGCAGAAAAAUGAGAGAAAAGCACCAGCUACAUGACAUGAGCACUGAAAGUGUUUUUCUCAGAUGUAUAUAUGACUAUUGACAACCCUGUCACUAAACCAAGUCGGACUGCUGCCUGUUGAAAUGUAGCUGGAUGGAGCAGUGUGAGCAAACAAGCGGGAGGGAAGGAGAGUGAACAGAAAGAAAGAGAGAAUAAGGAGGAAAGAAAGUUUAGAAUGAGCUGAAGAACGCCCUGUCCUAAUGUACAUGUGACAGAGGGAGAGGGGUGAGGGUUUGGGACCAUACCGGUCAUAUGCUGUGUUACGUGAUAAGGCUGCACAAGUGUUCCUGUCAAUUCCCCGUUCUCUCCUGCAAUGUCUUUCUCUCUAUCUUUAUCCUUCCUCUCUUACUUUAUUUUCCUCAUCCUACCGUCAUACAAGAGAUGAACAGCUGCAGAUAACAAGUUGUAAGUCCCUUUUAUCCUCUCCCUCUCCUCUUCUCUCCAGCACAAUAGAUAGAUUGUUCGCCUCCUCCCUCUACAGCAGAAACAGUAGACGGUCAAAUUAGUGACUCUUCUGGGUUUAAAGAAACACACACACACACACACACACACACACAGAAACACACGACUCCUGGUCUUGCAUGAAUUAUGGUUCAUCUCUAUCCCUAUGCCUUUCUUCAGUUUCCCACCAACAUCCCAGUAUAUGUACCACAAUAGCCUAGACUUAACCUGAGGCAUAUUGAAAGUAUCCGAUUUACAAGAAGACUUCUGGAUACGGUUACACUGUUUGUUCCUGGUCUAUCGUCCUGUAAACGUGAAGGGACCAGCAGAGAAUGACAGGGUUGAACUGUUAACGACUUCAUUUGCAUGUUUCUUUCAGCCAUUUGGGCUUUACUGUACUGGGUGUAGCAGUUGGGGUGAGAAGUCCACCUAAAAGAUUGACAAAAAACAUCAAAACAGUAACGAGUGAAAAAAACAAGCCAGACUGAGCAAAAACACGUGGAAUUUAGCUAACUUAUGCAGAUGAUAACACACAGAGAGAUCCUUUCCUGUACGAUGUCUGGUAUUUUCUUCAUCAGGGACACCUCAGAGUGUAUUAUCACGCUGUUAACAUGUUAACCCCAUAGGUAAAAAAAAAAUGUUUUAAAGUCAGUUUUAACCCUUUGUUAGGUCUAGAUGGUAAGAUCAAAUGAUUAGGCGAUCAAUUGAACAGAAAUAGAAAAUUAUCCAAAAAUAAUUUUGAUAGUCAAUUAAUCGCUUGUUAAUAAUCAAGUAAACAUUUGCUGGUUCCAGGCUCUCAGAUGUGGAAAUUUUAAUUUGGUUUUCUCUAAUUAAAAUGGAUUUAAAUUUCAGACUGCUGGUCGGGAGAUGUCACCUUUGGAACUUUCACCAUUUACUGAGAUUUUAAAGCUGCACUAGUCAAUAUUUAUAUAUUACCAAUUGGGAAAAGUUCCUGUGUGUAAAGUAAAGGUUGCUGAUAGUGAUGAACCCACAGAGAGUUAUGAAUCGACUCUGCAGUUCCCCUCAGCAAUGUGGGGCAUUUAAGCAUCUUUCAGCUCUUUGUUGUGGUUUUAUAGCCCACAACUUGGUUCAGUGUAACUGUUUUUAAGAUCACAAUUUCCAGCUGCAACAGGCAGCUGAUUUUAGCAAAAAAAAAAAAAAAAAAAA